ACCAAACAUUACAAAACAUUUAUUAAAGUAUAUUUUUAAAGACACUUAAAAAAAAGAGUAUAUUUUUAAAGAAAAGAAAAAAAACUGUCAUCAAUUAAACUUCAAAAACUUAUUGAAAAUUUGCUAUUAUCAGAAAGCUACUUCUCGAUCUUCUCGGUUGUUCUCCUUUCAUCCUCUGCACCGUUCUUCUCCUCUUCCCCUCUCCGACCACCGUCAGUCAUCUGCCGGUGUGAGUCCAAUCAUGAUCAACCGUCUACCGCUAGAUGUAACCCAAUUGAUACAUCCCGAGGACGAGGAGGAUCACAUUGAAGGGCAUCGUGAUCAAACUCUUAGAGGUGCUCAAAGAUUAUUGGAGCACUACAACAGUGGAAAGGGUACCAACUAUGAGCUUGUAGAAGCGUUGAGAAGUGGUGCCAUAAUGAUGCCUGAUGGUAUUGCGCUCCAUUGCAAUUUCACAGCUAAACCAGCCAAUCAGGAUUCCGGUUCUUCCAUUAAGCUCUUCUUUGGCGAGAUGCUCAUUGGUCCAGACGAUGUUGAUAAAGUCACUUAUUGUGAUAUAUUAAAUGGUAAAUCUCAUGGCUACAAGGAUUGCGGAGAAAACGCCGACAUUAAGCAUCCCCCUGCUGAACUUUUAACGCGCAGUUAUUAUGAUGUUUCCGAUACUAUACGUGAGAUGUCGCCAAAGAGAUGUGCAACUGUGCCUCUUAAUUCUGCAAAGAAGCAAAAAACUUUGGAAUAUGGUAGUUCAAAUUUGGACAAUGAAUUCGAGUUUGAUGCAAUGGAAUAUCCUCAAUCUCCGGUUUGUCCUCCCAACCAGUAUCCCGAGGGCGAGGAGGAUCACAUUGAAGGGCAUCGUCGUCAAACUCUUAGAGGUGCUCAAAGAUUAUUGGAGCACUACAACAAUGAAAAGGGUACCAACUAUGAGCUUGUAGAAGCGGUGACAAGUGGUGCCAUAAUGAAGCCUGAUGGUAUUGCGCUCCAUUGCAAUUUCACAGCUAAACCAGCCAAUCAGGAUUCCGAUUCUUCCAUUAAGCUCUUCUUUGGCGAGAUGCUCAUUGGUCCAAACGAUUUUCAUAUAGUCACUUAUUGUGAUAUAUUAAAUGGUAAAUCUCAUGGCUGCAAGGAUUGCGGAGAAAACGCCGACAUUAAGCAUCCCCCUGCUGAACUUUUAACGCGCAGUUAUUAUGAUGUUUCCGAUACUAUACGUGAGAUGUCGCCAAAGAGAUGUGCAACUGUGCCUAUUAAUUCUGCAAAGAAGGAAAAAACUUUGGAAUAUGGUAGUUCAAAUUUGGACAAUGAAUUCGAGUUUGAUGCAAUGGAAUAUCCUCAAUCUCCGGUUUGUCCUCCCUACGAGUAUCCCGAGGACGAGGAGUAUCACAUUGAAGGGCAUCGUCGUCAAACUCUUAGAGGUGCUCAAAGAUUAUUGGAGCACUACAACAAUGAAAAGGGUACCAACUAUGAGCUUGUAGAAGCGUUGACAAGUGGUGCCAUAAUGAAGCCUGAUGGUAUUGCGCUCCAUUGCAAUUUCACAGCUAAACCAGCCAAUCAGGAUUCCGAUUCUUCCAUUAAGCUCUUCUUUGGCGAGAUGCUCAUUGGUCCAAACGAUGUUCAUAUAGUCACUUAUUGUGAUAUAUUAAAUGGUAAAUCUCAUGGCUGCAAGGAGUGCGGAGAAAACGCCGACAUUAAGCAUCCCCCUGCUGAACUUUUAACGCGCAGUUAUGAUGAUGUUUCCGAUACUAUACCUGAGAUGUCGCCAAAGAGUGGUGGAGCUACGCCUAUGGAUUCAGUCAAGGAGAAAACUAGGAAAAAUGGAAAAUCAAUUUUGGACCAAGGCUACGAUACCAAUGAUUUGGGAUAUCCUCCAUCUCCGGUUUACACGCCCUAUUGACUGUAGGUAAAUUCAUGAGUCUGGACUUCUUUUGCGCAGCUACGCCAUACAGACUACAGAGUGGUGCGUGAUAUUUUAUAUUGCAUGGACUGAUGAUUUGACUAUAAUGUUUACAAACUCUGUGGAACAUGUUUGUAUUUUCUCAAGUGCUAUAUCAGAAUUGAGAAUACACUCCAAGUUAAUUGUUUAAAACAAAUGUGCAAAAUAUUUAUUAUUAUUAUUAUUAUUAUUAUUAUUAUUA